UCGAGCAUGUGUUUGCAUCCCUAAACCCGAUUUCUUGACAGAAUCUAUCAAUCACAACUUCACCGCACCAAAAUCAAAGAGAUCUCCAGUUUCCAAUCCCCAAGCAAUCAAAAAUGGCUCCUCCAUCCCUCUUAGGUCCACCUGAACUCCGCAGUCCAACCCCUCCAAGGCCACAGCCUCAAACCACCACCGCUCCAAGCAAUCCCUUCAUGGAUCUAAUGGUGGCCAACUUCAACAAAGACAAUAUCUCACAACCCUAUGACCUUCCCAUGGGCUUCACCGAGAACAUGUCAGCCACUUUUCUCUCAUCAGGUAACCCCUGCCUUGACUUUUUUUUCCAUGUGGUUCCUGACACCCCACCCGAUUCCCUCAAAAAGAGGCUGAGUCUUGCUUGGGAUCACAACCCUCUGACCACCCUCAAACUCAUCUGUAACCUACGCGGCGUUCGUGGCACUGGGAAAUCAGACAAGGAAGGGUUUUACACGGCAGCGUUUUGGCUACACAAUCACCAUCCUAAAACCCUUGCCUGCAACUUGGAUUCCUUUGCUGAUUUCGGUUAUUUUAAGGAUCUUCCCGAGAUUCUUUACCGGAUGCUUGAAGGUUCCGACGUUAGGAAGAUUCAAAAGGAGGAGUGGAACAAGAGAAAAUUUGGUCUUAAAAGUACAAGGCGCUCAAGAUUCAGACACGAGUGUUUACAAAGCAAAACCAAGAAAAAAACAGGGGAAGGGAAAUCCAGUUGCAGUGCACCCAAAGAAGUUAGACUGUUAAAUGCUAUUGAAAGGGCUAAGAUUGAGAAGGAAAAUGCAAGUGCUUUAAGGAAAGAUAAGAAGAUUGCUAUGGCCAAAAAGGUAAUCGAGAGAUACUCACGUGACCCGGACUUCAGGUUUCUCUACGAGCGUGUCUCUGAUCUUUUCGCCGAGUGUCUUAGAGCCGAUAUGGAGUUGAUGAAAUCUGAUCAAAUAAGGAAGAUUGGUCUUGCUGCAAAGUGGUGCCCUUCCAUUGACUCUUCCUUCGAUAAAUCAACUUUGCUUUGUGAGAGUAUUGCCAAAAAGAUGUUCCCUCGUGAGAACUACCCCGAAUAUGAAGGUAUCGAGGAAGCACAUUACGCUUAUAGAGUUCGUGAUCGGCUGAGGAAGGAAGUGUUGGUACCACUUCGUAAAGUUUUGGAAUUGCCAGAGGUGUAUAUUGGUGCAAACAGAUGGGAUUCAAUUCCCUACAAAAGAGUAGCCUCUCUGGCCAUGAAGUUUUACAAGGAAAAAUUCUUAAAGCAUGACAAGGAGCGGUUCUCUAAGUAUUUGGAGGAUGUAAAAGCUGGGAAAUCCACAAUUGCAGCUGGUGCGUUGCUUCCUCAUGAAAUAAUCGCCUCAUUGAAAGACGAGGAUGGUGGAGAGGUUGCAGAGCUUCAAUGGCAAAGAAUGGUUAAUGAUUUGCUACAGAAGGGAAAGCUUAGAACCUGCAUGGCGGUUUGCGACGUUUCUGGUAGCAUGACUGGGACACCAAUGGAAGUUUCUGUUGCUUUGGGAGUAUUGGUCUCGGAACUAAGCGAGGAGCCAUGGAAAGGGAAGCUCAUUACUUUCAGCCAACACCCUCAACUCCAAUUAGUGGAAGGUCGAAAUUUGAAGGAAAAAACUAAUUUUGUGAGAUGCAUGCAUUGGGGCAUGAACACUGAUUUCCAGAAGGUGUUUGAUCUUAUCUUGAAUGUUGCUGUUCAAGGCCAAUUGAAGCCAGAACAAAUGGUUAAAAGGUUGUUUGUAUUUAGCGACAUGGAGUUUGAUCAAGCAUCAGCAUCUCCCUGGGAGACUGACUAUCAAGUUAUAGUGAAAAAGUUUACUGAGAAAGGGUAUGGAGAGGCGAUUCCACAAAUUGUGUUUUGGAAUUUGAGAGAUUCGAGGGCUACACCAGUGCCUGGAAAUCAAAAUGGGGUGGCGUUGGUUAGUGGGUUUUCUAAGAAUUUGAUAAAGAUGUUCUUGGAUCAAGAUGGAGAUAUAAACCCUGAGGCUGUCAUGGAAGCUGCUAUUUCGGGUGAAGAGUACCAGAAAUUGGUUGUUCUUGAUUGAUGAAAAAGUUGCUCUGUUGUUUUUUGUUGGAGCUUAAACCUUCUUUUAUAUCAAUCCGUAAAUCUUUGUAAUGUGUGACGAUUUGCUCAAAUAUGAAUUGCUCGUAUUUCAAUAGAA